GAAGAAAAGCAUCACGCUGUGGUGUUCAGGGACCCGUUGGUACCCGUAACAGUGCGAUAUAACCGAUCGAGAAUCAUGGGACAACCACCGCGGUUCGGAACAGCGGCUCUAUUCGCUCUUCUUCUUCUUCUUCUAGUGACAACUGCAAUUGCAAAACAAUGUACCACUGGCUGCCAUGGAAUGCACGCGAGCAAAGCCUACGCGGAGGGACACACGUACACGUAUCAGCUCGAAGGAACGUCGGUUACGUCAGUCAGCGACGCACAGGGCGAGGCAACCCUCUCUCUCUCCGGAAUCGCUGAACUGUCUAUCCACCCGGAUUGCGUUCAGCAACUGAAGUUGAAAAACAUUCAGAUAAACGGAUCCCCGGUCGCUUCGCACGAUCUCGAUCAAUAUGGUCUCCAAUUCAAUUAUCAUAAUGGCCACAUCGACACCGAGGUUUGCGCCGAUCCAAAUGACUCUCAGGCAUCAUUGAACGUCAAGAGGGCAGUAGUUUCUCUCUUUCAAUCCGCAGUAUUUAAAAAUGACGGUGCCACUACCCAUCACGAGUUUGAUGUUUUCGGCGGAUGCCCAACGGACUUCAACUUUCACAAGGAGGGCGGCUCUCUUGUGGUGCGGAAAUACAGGAACCUGGGACAGUGUGCCUACAGGGAGAACAUCAAACAGGACCUCGUCUCCUCCACUUUCAAUCCAAAUUCGGACAUCAAAUCCUCCCCGAUUCUCGACUCCGAGCAAAAAGUCGAACAGCACUUCAAGCAUGGCAUCCUCAACAAGGCAGUUUCCACGGAAACAUACAAUUUCAAACCGUUUAGCAAAGGCGAGUCCGGCGCGAAAACCGUAGUCGUGACAACACUGACGCUGAAGGGCCAGAAAUCCGGAGUCGCGUCGUCAUCUACCUCCGCGCCAAAGUCCAUAAUCUUCGAGGCGCCGCAUCCGGUGAUCAAAUCCUCCGUCGAGACAAUCGUGAGCGCACUUCGCGCGGCCAAAGAGGAAAUGCCUGACGAAGUGAGGCCCCCGGCGGCCCGUAAAUUCUCGGAACUCGUGAAGGUCCUCCGCACCAGUAACAAGAACGACAUCCUGACUGUCUAUCAUCGUGUCAAGGCAGGUGCCGGAUUCGACAAACAUCACGAUAAAAAGAUUCUUCUGGAUGCUCUCUACCGGACUGGCACCGGCGAAGCUGCCGAGGUAACGGUGGAACUGAUUCGAAGCCACGAGAUCACCGGCGUCCAAACACUCCUCUACUACAUAAGUCUCUCCUUCGUCCGUCAUGUGAAUCUGCCGUCGGUCGUGGCGAUAACCUCACUUCUGGAUCAGCCGGGCCUGCCCCGUCAGGGCUACCUCGGAAUUGGUUCUGUCAUUGGAAAGUACUGCCAGGAACACAGCUGCAGCAGGGUUCCCGAGGUGAAGGCAGCUCUGGAUAAGAUCGUCGCGAAGAUCGGCGACGGAAGGGCUGCCAAUCGUGAUCAGGAGACUGUGCUCGUAGCUGCUCUGAAGGCUCUGGGCAAUACAAGAUACCUGGACGACGUUAGCCUGGAGAAGAUCGCUCGAGUAGCGGCUAAUACGGACCUUUCGAAUCGCGUUCGUGCCGCCGCCAUCGGAUCUCUGCCCACCACGUGUUCCAUGAAGUGGAAGUCCAUUCUGCUGGACACGCUGGCCAAUCGUGAAGACGAUAGCGAGAUCAGGAUCAAGAGUUAUCUGGCCCUCGUCUCCUGUCCCUGCCCUCACGUGGCAAACAAACUCAAGGAGAUUCUCGACAGGGAGACUGUCAAUCAGGUUGGCUCGUUCGUUACCUCUCAUCUUCGUAACCUUCGCGCUUCCGCCGAUCCCGACAAGCAGGAGGCUAAGAGGCAACUCGGUCUCAUAAAGCCAAGGACAAAGUUUCCCGAGGAUUUCCGAAAGUUUUCAUUCAACAGCGAGCUCUCGUACAACAUCGACUCAUUGGGCAUUGGAUCCUCCGCCGAGACGAACGUCAUCUACAGCCAGAACAGCUUCGUGCCGCGAUCCACCAGCUUGAAUUUGACGACCGAGAUAUUUGGCCACUCCUUCAACUUCCUUGAGCUGGAAGGUCGUGUAGAAAAUCUGGACAGGAUCAUCGAGCAGUAUUUCGGCCCCAAGGGUCGGUACGAGACUGCUGAUUUUGAGAAUCUCUACAAGCAGGGCGGCCAAACUUACGAGGCCUUGAAGAAGCUCGUGGAGAAUCGAGUUCACAGAAUAUCACGACGUGAGGUCAAGCAGAGCGAUCUCGACAAAUUUGCCAAGGGUAUACAAUUGAAGGACAACGAAGUUGAUCAGGAUCUAGAUAUAGAUCUCUCCAUAAAGCUCUUUGGGGCGGAAGUGGCUUUUCUCAGUUUACAGGAACCUACCAAAAAGUGGACGCCACAAUCACUGAUCGAUACCAUCUUCGACGGCAUCGAAAAUGGAAUCAAGGGAGCUAAGAACUUCAACUAUCAUCUUGAAAAUCAUCUUCAGUUCCUCGAUGCCGAGCUGGUUUAUCCUACUGGUCUAGGACUUCCCUUGUCGCUUGGUGUCAUUGGCAGCAGUGCACUCCAUCUGAAGACCAACGGAAAGAUAGACCUGCCGGCCAUCUUGAAAGACCCGAAGAACGCGGCCGUGCAGAUAGCUCUGGAACCCAGCGCGGCCAUCACAAUAAUCGGCAACUUCCUGGUGCAAGGUUUCGACGUCCAAUCUGGACUUAAGGUCGUGUCCACGUUACACACCGCGACAGGAUCCGACGUCUCUUUGAAACUUUUGAACGGCAAUGGCGUGGACGUGAGCUUUGGACUUCCCAAGAAGAAGCAAGAGAUCAUCAGCGUCUCCAGCGAAGUACUUCUUAGUACCGGAAGUAGCGGGGAGAAUUACGCAGCACCUAAAUUCAACAAGGAUAAAAAACAUUCCGACUGUUUUGAUCAGCUGUCCGGUCUGCUCGGCUUCGUCGUUUGCGGUGAAGUUGCCUUCCCGUACGAUAGCUUCGAGGCAGUCCAGAAAAAGGCUCUUUUCCCACUGAGUGGUCCAGCAAAGUUCGCAGUCACCAUCGAGAACACCGACGUGAGCAGCUAUCACUUCAAAUUGUACAAUAACGUGAAGAGCACGUUCGAGCGUUCCUUUGAAAUUCUCCUGGAGACUCCGAACAGCAGGACCAACAGGAAGCUCGUGUUCCUGGUGGAAAGUGGGCUUCAGCCCAAUAAGUAUGUCAAAGUCCAGUUCGACUCGCCGCUCAAGAAGGCGUCGGCCGAAGCGGUCCUCAAGAACAACGAUCAGGAACGCACGAUCACCGUCUCCGUGCACAACGAUCAGAUAGAGUACUUUGCUCGCGUAGGCGUGGUCGCUCACGGAUCCAAGUACAAGCCUGUGCUCGAGUACAAACUGCCUGAACACAUCGAGAAGCUCGCGGCCAGUAAGACUGGCACCAAGAGUGGACAGCGUGCUGGGCAGCAGCAGUUCAACGUCAAUGGGCUCGUCGACGUGACCGACGUCGAUGGAGGCAAGAAAUUCCACUUCGACAAGGUCGCCCUGAUCGCAAGCGGACGUAAACUCUACGGCCUCGACGGGACUCUCUUGGUUACCCCGAAAAGCGUGUCGGCCGAUCUUAAGGGCACGAGCGCUCAAGAUUCCGUCGCCGUCAAGCUCGACUCGAAGCGGAAGAACAGUCAGUACAGCUUAGAGUUGUCCGUGCUCCCCUCGAAAAAUCCCGACAUCGGUGCUCUCGUCAAGUGGGAAUUCGACGGAUCCCCGAAUAAUCUGGAAAGCAAUCUGAUUUUCGUGCACGGCCGCGAUUUCAAUUCUCAAGUGAACCGUCUCACUGUUCAGCGGCGUGCGCAGUACGUCAACACACCCGAAGCGUUCAAGUUGGCUGGUUCAUACAAAUUGAAGUAUCCCGCCUUGGGAGUGGAACUUAAACUGGAGGGCGAGGUCACGAAGAAGUCGCUGUCCUACGAUGUCGAAGUCAAAUACGAAAAGUUUAAACUUGAGUCCGAGGGUUCCGCCAAAAUUGGCAUCUCUAAACCGACCGAUUAUGAAAUUGAUUUUGAGGCCAAGGUCAUGGAAAACAGCAUCGAGCUCAAGUCCAAGCACACUGUCGUUGGUGAGCAUAAGAGCAAGUUCGAGAACUCGUUGACCCUGUCCCCAGGAGGCAAAUACGAAGCCGAUGCCGUUGUCGUCUACGACAUCAAACCGAGCCAUACGAAUCUCCAAGUGGACGCGGAGCUCAAGCUCCACGAGAAGAAAUUGGAGAUCAACUAUUCUCUGGACAGCAAUCGUCAGAAGCUCAACAGUCGUGCGGCGAUAAGCCUCGCCAACGUCAAAUAUCUAGACUUCAAUCUGAAGAUGCAGCGCGGCGUCAGCCCAAGCGGAAACUUCAACCUGAAUCUAAAGAAUUCCAUUACGGCAACCGGACAGUUUGACUAUCAGAAUGACCGUGAAAAUGAUGGUCAUUUCACUGCGGAGACGAAAAUUACCACCCCGCUCAGCAAGUUGCGCCACAUCGACAUAGCAGUGAAGAGCGACAGGAAGAAACAAGGAGCUUCUGGUCAGAUUGUUGGAUCUGGAUUGUUGACUGUCAGCGUCGACGAUAACCAAGUGACUGUUGGCAGCGAGUACAGCUACUCACCUGAUUAUUCGAAUGUCAUUGUGGAAACCAAAAUUACUACCCCCGUCGAGAAAAUGCGGCACGUCAACCUUCAGUACAAGAGAAACCAGGUGAAAACGGAGGGAUCGAAAGGUUCGACUUCGGGAUCUGGAACAUUGAGCGUGAGCGUGGAAGAUAGGAAAGUGAGCGUCGCCAGCGACUACAGUUAUGUUCGGGACUGGUCAGCGAUCCUUCUGAACACCAAGAUCACCACACCCCUUGACAACUUCCGCAGCAUCAACCUACAAGUCAAGAGCGACAGAAAGAGAGACGGAUCCAGCGGUCUGAUUUCGGGAUCUGGAUUACUGAGCGCCGCUCUGGAGGGCAAGGAGGUGACCAUUGGCAGUGAUUAUAGCUACGUUCCUGACUUUUCGACUCUCGUCGUAGAGACCAAGAUUACUACUCCCGUCGACAAGUUCCGCCAAAUCAAUCUGCGAAUCAAGAACGACAGAAAGACGGAGGGAUCGCGAGGUCAGAUUUCCGGAUCUGGAUCGUUGAGCGCCAGUCUCGAAGGCAAAGAAGUCACCGUCGGCAGCACCUACAGUUACGUUCCCGAUUGGUCAAACGUCAAUGUCGCGGCUACGAUUACUACGCCAAUCGAUAAGCUUAGUCGCAUCAGCUUAGAAUUGAAAACCGAGAAUAAGAAGGAAGGUCCGGACGGUCAGGUUGCGGGAUCAGGUACCUUGAAUGCCGGCCUUGAAGACAAAGUAAUUACCAUCAGCAGCCAUUAUAGCUACAAUCCUGAUUUAUCGUCUGUCAACGUUGAUGUCAAACUUAGCACUCCGAUUGAGAAAUUGCGAACACUGAGUCUUGACUACAAGCACAAGAUCAGCAAGACCUCUCCCAGCUUUGAACUGACUUGGAGUACCCCGGUUGGCAAGACGAGUGCGCUUGCGAAAUUCAACAAGCUUGGGGAUAAAGAAUUCACCGGCGAGUGGAAAUUGGAGACACCCAAAGGAUUCGCCACGGCCGACGGCCAUAUCAGUUUAGAGAGUGUUGACAACUUCUUAAUCAAGGUCAACUUUGACAGCGACGUCAUUCCGCAGCGUAAGAUUCACGCCGAGAUUGCCAACAGACCAACUGCCAAAACUGGUACGAGGAUCAUCGUCACGGUGACGAGCAAUGGAAAGAAUAUCCUUAGCGGAAGCACCAACUACAAGCUGAGAAAGGAAGAUGGCAAGAUCACUGUCGAAGGUAACGGUAGCGUGAAGCUCGGUGAAAGCACCAAGAGUUCGUCGUUCAAGUACACUCGUCAAGAAUUGACCAAGGAAGCCGACGGAGAAACUGGCGUGGCUAUUUUGCUAAAUACGAAUUUCGGACAGUUCGCCAUUGUUGGGGAACUUAAACUAUCGAACAAAGGAAUUUACGUCUUUAACAGUUACUGCGAGCAGAGCAAGGACUGUGCCCACUUCAAACUUCAAUCGACUCUGGCCGACCCUGAGCUGACGCACUUGGAUCACCAGAUCACCGUUGAAGUUAAUCUGAAGAAAUUCAAUGUGCCUGCCGAGUUUGGCUUGAAAACCAGUACGAAGACUGAAGGCUUCACCCUGGAUCACACGGCCACUCUCUAUCUGCACUCCUCCAAGGACAAGACUCAGUACACCUACCAGGUCUACGCUCAUCCUAAAGAGUCAGCCGACGAUAUCUUCUGUCUAGCUGUGAUUCUGACCAUGCCGAAACGCGAGGUGGCUCUGAUCACAACGCUUGACGUGCCAAAGAACAAGAAACAUGGACCCUACAAGCUCGACGUUUCCCUUUACGCGGACAGAAAAUCACACCCGCAAGAAAAAUCCACCCUCUCUAUUUUUGGUGAUGUCAGUACUGAGAACAACGUUUACGCCCUGAACGGAGAAGCCAGAGUGACCUAUCCAUCCCAACCAAAGGAAUUCACCGUGAAAGGACGAGUACAGUAUGGCGGUGAAUAUCUGCUGAGUGCCACUCUAGAGGCCGAUGUCUUCGCAAAGAAGGCCCAAAAGAUCAACGUGGCUGCUCAUUUGACCAACGUUCAAGUUCCUCAUGGAUACAAUGUAACCGGAGCCCUCGAAGUUACCAGUCGUGGACAGCAGCUGAAGGUCGAUCUGCAGCAGCAUCUAGCCAUUACGAGCGAUCAGAUUGGUUUUGGAUCUUUGCUCUGGUACACGGAUGAACAUCAGAAAACGAAGAAUGUCGGAGUGCUCUUCUCUGCAACCCUCAAGGAGAUUCAUCUUCUGAUCAAGGCACCGGAUGAAGAUCUCGUCAAGGCGGAUACCGUCAUGGAUAUCUCGGCGAACAUACAGAAAGUCGAUAGCGAGAUCGUUAUUGCUGGUGUUAAGCACGCUGUCAUCAGCUUCGAAGCUCACGAUUUGCAGACCUACAAUUUCGUUUACUACCUCAAAGGUGUCCCAAAGAGUAAGAUCACAGCCAGUGGCCGUUUCUCGCUUACGCAAAUGCCGCAAGUGCACGCAGAGUCUCUGGAAUCGUUACGCAACCAAGCGAUCGAUCUCGCGAAACACCUGCAGGCGGCACUCAAGAGUAUCGCUCAAGAAGUUGUAACGGAACUGAAGGAUCUCUGGGAGCAUCUGAAGAAAGCUCAACCGAACCUGACGUCAUUAUUGCAACAUUACGAAAAUGAACUCGUCAAGUUAAGGAACGAAUUGCAAACCGAUCAGACUGUCAAGGAAAUUCAAGCCACAUUGAACAAAUCUUUCGGCGGUAUAAUUGCCGUUUUCGUAGACGCCGCAAAUUAUUUGGCCUCGCGUCUGGAGGAACUUCGAAAUCAAUUGAACGUCGUGACGCUGAAACUUAAGAAUGCCAUCGAGUCCAUUUAUCCUCAGCUCCAGGAGUCCUACGAGAAGAUCAUCAAAGUUUUGAUUCCCCUCUAUAACGAAUUCAUGAAAACAGUCUCUAUCUAUAUUAAUGCAGUCACGAAAUUUAUUGCCGAAAACCAGAAGGAGCUUAAGGAAGUUUUCGCUGUGGGCGUAGAACUGAUUCAGGACAUCAACAAAGUCAUCGGCACUACCAUUGGCCAGAUCGAGAAGGAUCUCAGGGAAUUCAUUCUUGUAUUGAUCCAGCAAAUCAAAACUUUACCAAUAUCUGAUUUCAUUCGUGAGAAAUAUCAGCAGGCCCUGAAUUAUAAAAUUCCCGAAGAUACCUCGGCUCAGGCUAUCAAGGAAUUUCAAAGCAUCUACAUCCAAGCGCAAAACGUUUUGCGCGACUUCCUUGCGAAGCUGAAAUCACAGCUGACCCCCGAGAACGUUAUCAGGUUCAUCGAAAACAACGUCACUCCGGACUUCAGCAUCUUAAAGAAGAUUCCUGGAAUCGUUGCACCGAAGAUUUCUCUUAUCAAUCUUGUGCUCAAUCGCGAGCUGCCAACUCCCGCUGACGUGUUUUACACAUACAGGUCGGCCGGAUCGCUUGCCGAUAUCGUGCCGCCAUUCCCCAAAAUUGGAUUCAUUGCCGACGGAGGUCAAGUCUUUACGUUCGAUGGUCGCCACGUUUCCUUAACUGGAAGCUGCAGUUACAUCCUGGCACAGGACGUCGUUGACGGAAACUUUUCGAUUGUGGCUAAUCUCGAGAAUGGAAACAUUCAGAGUAUCACGCUGACCGAGCCCAAUGAGAGCAUAACGUAUAAGACUGACGGAUCGAUCCUGGUUAAUGGGCGUCCUUCUGAAUUUCCUGCAACUACAAAGAACCUUCGCGCUACGCAACUGCAACAGAUUAUUAACGUCAAAUCCAGCUUCGGAGUUGAGAUCCUCUGCGGACGCCACGUGCCUGAACUUUGCAGCAUUCACAUUUCUGGUUUCUAUCUUGGUAAAUUGCGUGGCCUACUUGGAAACGGUAACAACGAACCAUGGGAUGACUUGACUUUGCCAUCUGGCAAGGUUGCAGAAAACGAGGCUCAAUUUGGCAAUGCCUACAAGUUGAGUUCCGGAUGCCCGGACGCAGUACCUGCACCACGAUCCACAAAAUCAAAUUCUCUUUGCACGGAAUUUUUCGUUGGCGCUUCUUCGCUGAGUGGCUGCUUCAACUUCGUCGACUCAACACCAUUCCGUGAAGCCUGCAACCAAGUAGCCACGUCCAGUGGAAAUACGCAGACUGCUUGUACGACAGCAACCGCCUAUUCUUUGCGUUGCGCCCAAAUUGGAAUUUUCACGGGCGUGCCAUUGACUUGCGCUGGAUCGUGCAAGAUCGGUAGCAAUGAAGUGGCGAUCGGAGACACCUUCAGCGUCAAGAUCCCUAAGAAGGAAGCGGAUAUUGUAUUCGUAGUCGAACAGGUUACCCAGAACGAGAAGGUCUUCAAGGAAUUGAUCACUCCCCUGCUGAGUGAAGUCAGGAACGAACUGAAACAUAACGGAAUCAAAGACGUACACAUUGGCGUAAUCGGAUACUCCGAGACCAGUGAUAAUCCGCCGCAGCAUUUUACCUACGGCGGCAGCAGCAACAUCGACGGGGAGAUCAAGAACAUCAACUUCGAGAAGACCGAACCACAUAUUACACUUGCGGAAGCAAAGUCUGGUUCCGUAAAGGAGGCUUUGCUGUAUGCAAAACAGCAGUUGAACAUGGAAUUGGGAACUACAAAGCUGACCGAAGCCUACGAGGAGGCCAUAAAUUAUCCCUUCAGACCAACUGCGGCCAAGGCUGUCGUCGGCGUCAUCGCGACGCCCUGCGAGAAGAGUCCGCUUCCGCUUUCCCUGCAGCAACUGCGUCUUCUCCUGGGACAGAAGAUUUACCGUGAUCGUGGUCUUACCUAUUAUCACAUUUCAUCCCUGGAGGAUAUCAAGGUCUCCGGUAAAGCACAGAGGAAUAUUGUGGGAUACGAUGACGAAAGCGCAUACACGUUCGCUGACAGCAAGAAGAGGAUCGUCGAAGGGAAUGCCGAUAUCAGGAACAACCUGAAUCUUGCGAGUAACGACGUCUGUGCGGAAUUCGCCGUAUCGUCCGGAGGUGCCGUCUUCAGCACUUACAACUUCCUCGAGGCUAAGCCACAUCAGAAGAAGCAAUUUCUUCAAGUCGCAUCCAGAAAGAUAGCCAGUGGUCUCGUCAACAUUGAGCUCGAGGAGGACUGCGUUUGCGUGCAGGAUUUCGGGCUGUUCGCUGCACCAAAAUGCAAGGUCACGGGUCGUAAGGAAAAGGAACCUCUGGCGAGGCACACCAAGGGGGGAGUUAAGGGCUAGCCAGGAUCUUCGAAAUCCUGCGUAUUACCAUUAUCGAUUAGUUAGAACUAUUGUGUUUGUUGCGUUACAGUUAUGCUCUUACCAUAAUUUCUAUACGCUCAUAGUGCUGUAUAUUUCGGUCAGUCGCUCUAGCGAGCAACAGAGCGUGACAGUUAUAAAGAGGCUAGGUCGUAAUUUGUGCCAACUUAUAUUAUCAUUCCAACGAGAGCGUUGUAACUUGUAUAAUUUAAUGAGGAAUUCAGAAAAUUUGUGAAACGAUGGAUUUCAUUAAUUUAUGUACUCACUUAAAUACACAGCGCUAUGAGGCUCUGCGAGUUAUGCAGUCUACCCCCCGUCAAUCUGUUGUCAUAUCAAAUGGAAAAAUGAUCGUCAUCCUUUAAAUGGAGUUAUUGUAAUCUAUAAUAAGUUAAUAAAUAAUUAAAUUUUUAUGUGAGAA